AUGCAAAUCGAGUGGAAAGGAGGACGCCUGCUUAUUGCCAAGACCGCGGCCGUGCUGGAAUUCCCGAGGGCCGAGAUCCUGGAGCUGGCGGGCAAUGCGGCGAGGGACAAGAAGAUGCACAUUAUCCCGCGCCACUUGCCCCUGGCAAUCCGCAACGACGAGGCGCUCAACAAGCUGCUGGGCCGCGUGACCAUCGCUCAGGACAGCGUCCUGCCCAAUAUCCAGGCGGUGCUGCUGCCCAAGAAGACCGAGAGCCACCACAAGGCCAAAUGAACAGCAUGUUUUCGGAAAGUUCUUA